AUGAACCUAACCCUCAUCCUCGCCCUCCUCGCCACCCUAGCAGCCUCCAUCCACGCCGACGGCCCAAGCUUCACAGACAUCUACAAACCCCAAUGCCACAAGGACACCGACUGCGGAACCGGAUGCUGCUACAACGGUCUCUGUCUCGCCUACUGUCUCCACAACGAGGAUGACGUUCACACGGAACUAGUCCGCAGUUUCAUCGAUGAAUCCCGCCUCCACACAGAAGGAGACAUAGACACCACCGCCCCGGUCUGCCACACGAACAGAGACUGCGGGAACGGAUGCUGCUACCACGGCCUGUGUCUCGCGUAUUGUCCGAAUGAUAUGGCGAAGCGGGGCGAUGGGGAUGCUACUUGGCAGUCUCCUGGCAAACCGCCCAGAUGCAAUCGCAGGACUUGUAAGGGUGGGUGUUGCCGGAAGGGGCUUUGUACGUAUUGUUAUAUGGAUAAGAGGGAUGAUGGUGUUGAUGAGGGGGUGUAUGGGUAUGAUUUGGAUGGUGAUGUCGAUUUUGAUGUUGAUGUUGGAUUUGAUGUCUACGACGAUGACGGUCUCGAUGUUUAUGAUGAUACCGACGACGCAGCAUCGGCACCGGAGAUGCAUAAGAGAUACUCCAUGCCUGAUAUCGACCUCCUCCCCACCUCAACAGACAUCAUCCACACCGACGGCAUGUGCAGCAAGAAAACAUGCAAGGGAUGCUGCUGGCAGAAUGUCUGCAUGGCUAAGUGUCCUCGCGGUGAGCAGGAUGAGGUUGUAGACGACGGUCAAGAAUCCGAAGAGGCUUCUCUUGACCUCGUGGACUGGAACCUCCCACAGGUUGUCUGCAGCCGUACAGCCCCGUGCAAGGUUGGAUGCUGCUGGCAUGGGCUGUGUUGGGGGUUGUAUCGGUGGAAAGGUAAUUAA